CUCGUCCAGCUGUACAUCUAUGAUUUAAGCGGAGGGAUGGCCCGGUCCUUGAGCCAGAUGCUGCUGGGCCGCCAGAUCGAGGCCAUCUACCACACCUCCAUCGUGGUGGGAGGCAUGGAGCACUAUUUUGGCGGCGGCAUCAACGUGGCACGCGCCGGCUCCACCCCGUUCGGCCAGCCCAUGGAAGUGCUGGACCUGGGGCGCACCGAGAUCACCGAGGAGCUGCGCGCCGAGCUGCUGGCGGAGCUGAGCGAGCGCUUCACCCCGGAGGCAUACUCCCUGUUCCACAACAACUGCAACAACUUCAGCCACGAGCUGGCGCAGCUGCUCUGCGGGCGCGGCAUCCCGGAGCACAUCACGGGGCUGCCUGCCGAGGUGCUGUCCACUCCGUUUGGCCAAAUGAUCAAGCCAAUGCUGGCCAACCUGGAGCAGCAGCUCAGGGGC